UAAAACCAAAGAUUUGGUUCCUUUUAGUACCUCAAAAGGUACGCUUUUUGGUACCUUUUGGUUCCUUGCCAAAGGGGUGAUCCAUAUGCCGAUCGUCCGCAGUGCCUUUUGUCCCAAGCGCUUCAACCGAACGCCUGCGACGUCGCGCACCGAUUCGGCGAUGCCUCCACCCUGGCCUCCACCCAACACAGACUUGGUGAGCCAGAAGCCAGCAAACGAGAUGGACAAGGCGGACAUGGGAUAUGCCAAUGAGAAGUUGGAUGCUGCUCCAGACGCGCCCAAGGCGCAUGAGACCAUGUUCUCCAUGAUGCUGGAAAAAUUUAAAGCAUGCGAAGUGCGAGAUGAUGCUGGCACCCUUGUUGACAUCAAGCUUGAAGAAUUCUGGAUCGCUUGUGACCUUUAUCGAGAGAUGUUGUCCAAGUUGGGCAGUGCGGCCAACAUGAUCGUCAGUGACAUCCAGCAAAAUCUGGCCAACGCGAAGGCAGUCUACGAUGAGAACCCCGGCGAGCGCAGCACUUUGUCUGCCUUCCUGCAGUUGCCGAAGGAACACGUGGGCAUCGCGAAGCUGACCUGGCUUUGCAGGGGCUGCGAGUUCUUCCUGGUGAUGCUCAAUAAAAUCUUCACCGAGAAUUCCGGGGGGAAUCCGGCCGUUUCAGCUUAUGAGGAAACACUGAUGAAGUACCAUGGAUGGUUCCUGCAAAAGAGCUUGAAGAUCGCGCUACGCGCCCUUCCAUCCAAAGAUGCCAUCGUACAGUCCGAUGGCUUGGUCGUCCAAGGAGACUUGCCCUUGGACAAGAAACGGGAGCUUUGUGAACGAGAUGCGCCCGUGGCAUCUACAGAAGCAAUUGAAGUGGUCCACCUCGUGUUCGACAUGAUGAAGCAGACUGGCAGAUGGGACGACAGAAAAGCCUGAGAAAUUGAGCAGCUUUCUUUCAGCUGCAGGAUUGCACAAGGUUCUUUUGCACGAUUUCAACCCGGCAGCCUUUUGCUUAGAACUGGAACUGGUG